CAACAGCGAAAAAAAAAAAAGUGCAUUCCUAAACACAUUAUAUAAAAUGGAGGAAAAUGUUUUGACAAUGGAUGUUGGUGAGGGCAUAAACGAUUUUCACACGACUUUUGUUUCUGCAAUGACGUCUUACACUGCUGGCAGAUAUGCUGGAGGCUGAAUUGCCGGCCUACACUGAACAAUCGCCAGAUACUACUGAAAAGCCCGCAGAAGAAGCCAAAGACGAAACAAAAGACUCUACGUUUGACCCUUCACGACGAGCCGAAGCUCUGUUCUUAUACGGAUUGGAUGACAUGAGCACCAAAGAUAUUCACGCUUAUUGUGAAGGCUUGAAUCUGAAAAAGAUUGAAUGGAUCAAUGAUUCUUCCUGUAAUCUCGUUUUUACUGUCGAAUCGGACGCCAAAGCCGCCGCUCAAGCUCUACUGGAAACACCCCUACCUGCAGACGCGGAUUUAUCACACAAAGAAUUACAGAAGGCCAAACCCUUCCAAAAGGAUGAACGGCAGUUUAAUAAUCUACAACUACGCGUAUCCACUGAUUACGACUUGAAAGAAAAAGGAGCACGAGAACGUAGUCGCUAUUAUUUGUUACAUGGUACAGAAGACUCUGAAGUUGGAGAGCGCGAAAGAGAGAGCAGCAGCCGAGGUGAUAUUCAGAGCCGAUUGGGACCUCGACGUGACGACCGUCGACCCCGCGAUCGAUAUCAGGACCGGAAGAGCAGUGGUGUUUUCCGUCGACUGGGAAGACAUGCAUUGGAGGACGAUGAUGAUCGUGACCGACGGUAUUCGCAACGAAGAGGGCGAUCGCGCCAUGGCUCACGGCGACGCUCCAUGUCUCCUCUGCGGGAAAUAAGCCAACACGAUGAACACGAUAAAGAUGAAGAGGACAAGCCAGUGGAGAUUCCAGAUAGAUUGAAAGGACGCUUGAAUUUUAACAAGGCAUCUGAUUCAUGAUACUAAUUGCAUUACUUUUUAUUAUUAUUUUUUAUUGUUGCCUGGAUCAGCCAAAAUCUCCCGUUUUUGUUCAUUUAUUUGAAAUUCUAUUACAAGACACAGAGACUUGCCAAAAUACAUUACCAUACACAGUUGACGUCUUUAUCUGUCGGUUCACAUGUGGACGCAGCCGCAAAUGCGUUCAAUUAGGCUACAUGAGGGUAAUAUCCUGCUUUGCACAAUGACGCCCGGAAUGCAAUUUUUGCUAAUUCAGUACUAAUCUUACUGCUUCGCCAAAGGCCUCAUCGUUUU